AUGUCUUUUUUCGUCGACCAACCCACCACUCAACAAACGACAACAACCACCACUCAACUCAGGAAACAACACACAUCACGCACAAGCAUGGACUCGAUGCCAGCAGAGCUGAUCGAGGCCUUUGGCCAAUACCUCGACGGCCCAUCCCUCUACUCAUCCCUCCGCGUCUCUCGCUUCUGGUUCAACGCCCUCUCCUCCCUCAUCUGGAGCCACAUCUCAAAAACUCAAUGGCAUCGCACCGGUUUCCCCAUCCGCCAAGUCUUUGACGCCUACGACGACAGCCCCCUCCGACCCAAACUACUCCAGGUGCGACAUCUCGAAUGGGCUGCCAAUUCGGAUCUCAAGGACGUCAGUGCGAUCACCAUCAGGAAAGAGAUUGCUCGUUCGAGACUGGUCCAACUCUUGCGUAUGGCCGCCAACGUCCGGUCGCUCGAGCUGCAGCUGUCUAUUACUGCAGACGAAUUGGGCUUGCUCCAGUCGAUUGCUGGAUUGCGACACCUGAGGCGGUUACGGAUCGAGGCGACGGGGCUGGAUAUGUUUGCGAUCCGGCUGCAGGACAUGAACGACACGUUUGCGAACCUCGAGAGUCUGGAAUCGGCGGGUCAUUGGCUCCAGAUCAACCUCAGCAGUUGGGAACGGCCGGAGGAUGCUCAGCAAUGGCGGAUGGAACGAUUAUCAGUCGGGUACUAUGCACUGCCUAUCCUCUGGCACUGCGAGAACCUCCGGGAGUUGGAAAUUCGGAUCUUUGAGGGCUUUGGAUUCCAACGGUCAGAGAAGCGAUCGUUGCGGCCUUUGCAGAUGUGUCGGAACCUGCAAGUUCUCAAGAUCCAUCGGUACAGUCGUCAGGAUACGUUGCUCGAUCUCGUGGAAACAAUCGGCAGCCUGCGACAACUCCGCUCCUUAUCAUUCAGCAUCCUGGACUUUUCCUUUUUUGAUCUCCUCUGUCGACCCGAGUCAAUUGUGCCAACAGAGGGCGAUCAUCGUCUACAAGGGAUUAAACCGGAGCAGCAGGAUGAGACUGGACACAGCAGCGCAAGGCCACCCGACAACGACGACAACGACGAUCUCCCUCUACCACUCUUGGAGGAUCUCACUAUCAUCUCUGUCGAUGUUGGCGACAACACCUUUUCGGCCAUUGAUCGACUAUCGGCCCAGUUUUUCAACAUUCUCAGGACACGACCAUUGCUGAAAGGAUUCCAGAUUCAAGGAUUCAGUUUUUAUCCAUGGGACAUUUUUGCGCAACCAGAACGGGAACUCGAUCAUGGUUGGGCAUGUGUUGGACUGGAGACACUCAAGUUGCAAUUCAGGAGUCUGGAUCCUCGGAAAAUGAAUAGCAAAGAGAAGCGGUAUCGGAUAUGGCGGCCCAUCUAUCGACAACUCGGCCAAUUGACACGACUCAAGUCGCUUAUGAUCCAGUGCUGGAGUCUGGAAAAGGGUACGGAUGUCGGUAUUCUGGAACUGGCCCUGCCUCUUUCUUCUGGUACCGGAACAGUGUCUCGACAAAAGCAGGGAAGGUCAAAAUCUGUAUUGAACGGACCUGCUGCUGUUACAGCUACGGAUGACGCGUUGCCAUCAAAGUUGAAGGCAAGGCUGACAGAGCUGAGCAACUUGUACCUAUCAGACUCGAAGGGCAUGACGUGGUCAAGGACGGAACUAGAGAUUCUGCUUGCACUGUUUCCGAAGCUCAAGGAUCUCAAUCUACGACCGCUGAACCCUGGCAAUGGCAAGGAUAUCCAAAAGUGGCUGAAAGAGUGGAAGCGAACCGAUCUCAAGUUUGUCUAUUAG